AUGAUAGUCGCCUUGGUCGGCACAAUUCAAACGAUAGAAACGACAAGUACAACUACAGUGACAAGUUCAACGACAACAACAGUGCUUCCAGGAUGGUCGAACACGAAUAAUAUAAACUAUGCAAGAUAUAGACACACAGCUUCGGCUUUAGCCGAUGGAACAGUCCUGAUUGUUGGUGGACAAGAUAGCUCGAGUGUUUUAAGUAGUGUUGAGUUAUAUGAUCCAUCAAUUGGCCUAUGGACAGUUACUGGAAGUAUGAAUAUUGCUCGAAGUUCUCAUACAGCAUCCGUAUUACCGAAUGGAAAAGUAUUAGUUACUGGUGGACAAACUACUAAUGGUCAUACAAGCACUGCUGAGUUGUAUGAUCCAUCAACAAAAACGUGGAUUCUUACUGGAAAUAUGUCGAAUCCUCGAAUCGAUCAUAAAGCAUGUGCAUUCUCAAAUGGAACGGUGAUCAUUGCCGGUGGAUGGAGUUUUGCUUAUUAUAAUCAAGCUGAGUUGUAUGAUCCAACAACAGGUGUAUGGACAGCCGCUACGAAUAUGAUCAAUUAUCGAUCUUCAUACAGAUCAUCGAUCUUGACAGAUGGAACAUUCUUAGUAGCUGCUGGAGAUGAUGCUGUUAGUUUCCUCAGUUAUGCUGAAUCCUAUGAUCUGUCGACGAGAAUGUGGACAGCUACUGGAAAUAUGAAUGUCGCUCGACGUAAUUACGCUGUCGUUCUCUUAACAUCGGGACAAGUGUUAGCUAUUGGCAGUGAUACUGGUGGAGGUACCUGUUUAGAUAGUACCGAAUUGUACAAUCCAUCAACAAGAGCAUGGACAGCGACCGGACAAAUGAAUCAUGCACGAAGCUAUCAUACAGCAACUGUUUUAACAGAUGGAAGAGUUUUAGUUACUGGUGGAUGUAAUAGUGCUUCUUCGAAUACUGCUGAGAUUUAUGAUGCUUCAACAGGAAUAUGGACACUUAUUACGAGUAUGAAUGACACUCGCACACAACAUACAGCAUCUCUAUUAACAAAUGGAAAGGUAUUAGUUGCUGGUGGAUUAUCCAGUAGUGGUGUUACUUUGAGUACUUCAGAGAUAUAUCAACCAUAA